AUGACGGCCGAUAACGAAGCCAAUGGGCAAAACAGCGCCGCUUCUACAGAGAAAGCAACCUCAACCGGAGACCUAUUAUCGCCGCUUCACAAAAAUUGUUUUCACGUGCCGCAUCUUCCGUUCGAUCUGGUGGCAGAUAUACUAUGUAGACUCCCCGUGAAACAUCUCCUUCAACUCCGCUGCGUCUGUAAAUCAUGGAAUUCUCUUAUCGCCGGAGAUUCUAUGUUCGCCAAAAAGCACCUCCGGUUGUCAACCUCCAACCACGAACACCACCACCUGAUCCUAACACCUGAGUUGUCCUCAAAAGAGGAGUUGGUUGUAUGUCAGUCUCCAAUCUCCUCUAUCUUGAGCUUCGCAUCAAAUACUAGCAUCAAACAGUUGAGAUACUCAAUAGGAGAGAUUCUUAUCAAAGAAGGAGACUAUAGAGCGUCCACUUGUGACGGCAUCAUAUGUUUUAAAAUAGAUGAUUGUUCAGCUCUUUUGUGUAACCCUUCCAUUAGAAAGUUCAAAAUAUUGCCUCCUUUGAAAAUUCGGCGCCGAAGUGAUUUUGUAAUCACAUAUACGUUAGUGUAUGACCGUUUCAUCAAUAAUUAUAAGGUUAUUGCUCUUGCUGCGUCUGGUUACAAAAUAGAAGUGAAGGUUCAUACUUUUGGUACAAAUGGCUGGAGAAGGGUUCGGGACUACUUCCCAGGUCCUAACCUAUUUCCUAUGGCUGAACCGGGAAUAUUUGUGAAUGAUUCUGCUAAUUGGUUGACAUAUAAUUCUGCUGAUUGGUUGACACAUGGUUCUCCUUGUUAUGGAAUGUUAAUUGUUUCUCUUAAUUUGGAGAAAAAGUCUUUCCAAAAGCUUGCGCUUCCCUUCUUUGAGCACUUCAUAAAUCCUAGUAUGACCUUAGGGACAUUGAGGGGUUGUUUGUCCCUCCUAAGGAGUGACAAGUUUUCAGAUAUUUGGAUUAUGAAGGAAUAUGGAAAUGAAAAUUCUUGGACCAAAUUGGUAACUCUUCCUUCCCGGGAAGAAUCUCAUUUUUAUUACUGUACAAAAGCAUUAUAUAUUUCAAGCGAUGACCAAGUGCUAAUGGAGUGUUGCACCGGGGAUGGAAAUAAUUUGGUUGUUUAUGAUUCCAUAAAUAAUACUUUUAAUAUUCCUAAAUUUCAAAACAACAUCCAUAGUAUGAAGGUGGCCCAUGACCUCUAUGUCGAGAGCUUAAUAUCACCUUUGUAG